AUCUUAAUCCCCAAUUCUCAAACAAAGCAGCAUAAGAAACUACAAAUAAACAAAAUGAAGGCUAGAACGUUUACUCUCCCUUUCCUCCUCAUGAUUUUCAUAUCUUCUCACUUUUCACUCUCAACUUCUAAAAGGAUCUUAAACGACCCAUACGGUUUCUCAUCAUCUGCGAGUUUGUCGAGCCUAAAUGCGAAGAUGCUCAUCAGUUCAUUCAAUCUAACGCCUAAGUAUGACGUCAAUGUCAUCCCAAAAGGUAGUCCCGACGCUCCAAGACUCGUUGAGAGCCAAAUUGAUUUUCCAACGACAUUUGGUGUCCAAAACGUUUCUGGGGGUCCUUCUGUCCAACAGUUUGGCCACUAUGCUGGCUAUUACAGCCUCCCUCAUUCAAAAUCAGCCAAGAUGUUCUAUUUCUUCUUUGAGUCACGAAACAGCAGUACCGAUCCGGUUGUGAUCUGGUUAUCAGGUGGACCGGGUUGCAGUAGCAGUGUUGCUAUGUUCUAUGAGAAUGGUCCGUUCAAGAUCUCUGAUGAUUUCUCUCUUUCUUGGAAUGAUUUUGGUUGGGACAAGGUAUCCAAUUUAAUCUACGUAGAUCAGCCAGUUGGAACUGGUUUUUCUUACACAUCCGACAAAAGCGAUCUCCGGCAUGACGAGGCUGGUGUAAGCAAUGACCUAUACGAUUUCUUACAGACUUUUUUCAAAGAGCAUCCAAAAUUUGCAAAGAAUGAUUUCUAUAUUACCGGUGAAUCUUAUGCUGGUCACUACAUUCCGGCUUUGGCUUCACGUGUUCACAGUGGAAACAAAAAGAAGGAAGGAAUUCCAAUCAACCUUAAGGGUUUUGCGAUUGGUAAUGGUCUAACCAAUCCGGAAAUCCAAUAUGCUGCGUAUGGAGACUAUGCACUGCAAAUGAAAAUGAUUACGGAAUCUGAUUACGAGGGUAUCAAACAAGACUACGUCGAGUGUCAAAGUCUCAUAAAAAAAUGCAAUCUUGAUGGUGGUUUAGCUUGUAAAUCUGCUUUCGAAGUUUGCGACAUCAUCUUAAAUAUGAUAUUAGCAGUAAAACCAGGCACAAAUUACUACGACGUGAGGAAGAAAUGUGUUGGACAACUGUGUUAUGAUUUUUCGAAGAUGGAAACAUUCUUGAACAAAGAAAACGUACGAAAAGCCUUAGGAGUAGGAGACAUCGAAUUUGUGUCGUGUAGUAGCACAGUUUAUGAUGCAAUGACAAAGGAUUGGAUGAUUAAUCUUGAGGUCAAGAUCCCAGAUCUUGUCAAUGAUGGAAUGAACCUACUAAUUUAUGCCGGAGAAUAUGAUUUCAUUUGCAAUUGGCUUGGAAACUCUAGGUGGGUUGACCAGAUGAAUUGGUCAGGCCAAAAGGAUUUCAAAUCAGCAAAAAAUGUACGAUUCUUGGUAGAUGGUAAAGAAGCCGGUUUACUGAAAAAUUACGGUCCUCUCACUUUUCUUAAGGUUCAUGAUGCUGGCCACAUGGUUCCGAUGGAUCAGCCGAAGGCCUCUUUGCAAAUGCUUAUGUAUUGGAUGCAAGGAAAGCUUAGUAGUACUCCGAGAGUUGGUCCAUGAUUUUCAUGUAUAGAACAUUUCAUUUCAAAACAAUGUGAUCUUAGCUUUCAUUUACAAUAAUAUCCUUGUAGUUUUCAUGCUAUUGAUCUUGAUGAUUAAUCUUGAUUAGUCUUUUGGGA